AUGCUCCUGGGCAUAGAUUUUAUGCAGGAGCAUGGAGUUCAAUUGCACUGCAGCACAGGGGAAUUCCGCGUCGGGGCAAGUCUGACGAUACAGCCCAUGUGUAAGGCAAACCCAAACUCUCCCUCCAUGCAAGCUGUCUCGGUGCGUCGCGUGCGUCUACCCCCAUUGUCAGUGGUGGUGAUUGAUUGCGGGAUAACCGAUGAAAUCUUAGAAUUUAUUCUUGAGCCCUUAGAUAAAUUUUCGGUUUGGGUAAUUUCGUCGAGGUCAUUUAACAAGUCCGAAACAAGGGGCGAGUUGUGGCUCAUGAACCUCACGCCGAGGGCGCACAUUUUUCGGCAGGGUCAGCCCUUUGCCACUGCAGCACUUGCGACCGAAGUAGGGAUUCCAGAGGCGUCAGUAAGGCAAAUCAGAACGGAAAGUUCUUCCAAAGUACCCAGUCACAUCGAAGGGAUACUCGAUGACAUUCGGAUAAAUGCUCUACCUGGCGAUGAGGCGGUGGGGCUUAUAACACAGUACUCAGAUGUAUUCGCCGUUUGUGACUUAGAUCUGGGCGAGUUCGCAGCUAUCGAGCAUCACAUCGAAACUGGAGAGGCACGGCCUGUUAAGCAACGCAUGCGCAGGACCCCAGUGGUCUUCCAAGGGGAGGAAAAGGGACACCUAGACCGUAUGCUGGCUGCAGGGUUAAUACCACCAUCCACAGACGGUUCUGUGCGGUGGUGCAUUGGUUAUAGAGCACUUAACAAGGUGACCGUUAUAUACACCUACCCGUUCCCACUCAUCGAGGAGUGCCUCAACACGCUUGCGGGUAACCUCUGGUUUUCAAAACUUGAUGCCAACGCGGCGUAUUGGCAGAUUAAGGUCAGCCCGAGGAUCGGAAAAGACUACGUUCAUAACUAA